AUGCCUGCGAAAAGAAUCCCAAGAGUUGUUAGCUUGGGCGAGCCCUGGUACAUCGACGCCGACUACCUAUCCAACUUCAAGAAAGAUUUCAACUACUCGGUUCUUAACGCAAAGGACCGGUCAGAUCUACAGGAGAAGCUGCCAGCAGAGAUUGCCGAAAAUGGAACCAUCGAUGCCCUGAUCUGGGGAGCAGUGUCCUUUGGUCAAGUUGACGAGGACCUGUUGAAAGCGCUAGUCCCAGGCUGCAAGAUCAUCGUAACGGGCAGUGCAGGCUACAACAAUUUCGAUGUACAAUGGAUGGCUGAUCAGGGCAUCUGGUUCUGCAAUACAGUCGAUGCAGUGGCAGAGCCCACGGCCGACAUGGCUCUUUUCUUGAUUCUUGCCGUCCUAAGAAACACCAGUAAUGCGGAGAGAAUCGCUCGCAGUGGUGCUUGGAAGGGGGAUAAAGUCGUACCAACUCGUGAUCCUGCAGGAUUGACACUGGGAAUUGUUGGGUUAGGUUCUGUUGGAAAAUACCUCGCAAAAAGGGCUGCAAUCUUGAACAUGAAGAUCCGAUAUCAUAACCGGACCCAGCUUCCAGCAGAGGAAGAAGCCAAGUAUAAUGCCACAUACGACAAGACUCUACAAGAUCUCCUCGGUUCAAGUGAUGUCAUCUCACUCAAUUGUCCACUCAACGACAGCACAAGAAACAUGUUGAGCGAUGCCGAGUUCGCCGCCAUGAAGGACGGUGCCUAUCUAAUCAACACAGCCCGAGGACCUGUCGUUGACGAGAAAUCACUUAUUGCCGCGCUGGAAAGCGGCAAGAUCACUCGCGCUGGUCUGGAUGUUUUCGUUAAUGAGCCGAAUCCAGAUCCAUACUUUCUGCAGAGUGACAAGGUUGUUGUACAGCCGCAUAAUGGUGGUCUGACUCAGAAAUCUUUUCAAAAGGCUACGCUGGAAUGCUUUGAGAAUAUUCGAGCCUUGUUCAUUAAGGGCAGGCCUAAUUCUCCUGUGAUAGAUAUUAAGCCUAAAGUAUAG